GCUGAAUGGCGGUUCAAGUGCACUGGUUUGGGCAUCAAGGUGCUGCAAGCUUGCAGCCAGGCCCCAUGGGUCGGCGUCGCAGCGAGUCAAGGUCAUACAGCUACUACAGCGAUAGCCGCAGCCCUUCACGUGAUCGCAGACGUCGUCGGCGGCGCUCCCGGCGCCGGCACCGUGGAAAGCGCUUGAGCACUGUAGACAGAUUCAUCCGAGAGAAUGAACUGAACGAGUCGGCUGCGGCCAGACUACGCGGUGCCACGAAAGAGGUUCGUGAUGCCUGCAUUGACCAAGGCUGGAAUGUGAUCGAGAAUGCGCGCAAUGCCAGCGCCGUGGUGAUCUCUCGCAUUAAGAAGAUCGAAGAUGGCAUGCGGAAAAAGGCGGAGCGGAGCCGCUCGCGGCGCUCGCGCUCCCGCCGCUCCCGGCGCUCGCGGAGCCGGCGCAGCCCGAAGCGGAGCGGAGCCGGUGGAGAUCGCGACAAGAAGGAGAAAGGCGAGAAAGGGGAUGAAGCGAAAGAUGGAGACGCGUCUAAUACCAAGGGUGGCCGGAAGAAAAGUGGCAGCCGAAGCCGGAGCCGCUCAUGAUGGUAGGACUUCCUUUGCAUCAGUUCAAAACAGUUUUAUGGCCCGGAACCGC